CUGACAUGAGAAUAUCUAAAAGUUAAUCUACUGCAAAAUGGUAGAUGUGACUAUUAAAACCCUUCAUCACUUUCCUUACGAUGCUAAUCUCGUUUCCCUUUUCACUAUCUGGAACACCAGCCAAGAUCCUCUGGCAGACAAAGGAGCACGGGACAACCAUCUGGCAAGACCAUCCUUGAUUGAGGUCACCUUUGAGGAUAUCUGCUCUAAGUGGGGGAGGAGGCUAAACAUAGCGAGGCAGAUGGGGCGUCAUCUGGGGAGAUCUCGAGGGCCGACAGUUGUCUAGGCUAAAUAUGGAA